CGAUAAUUUUCAUAGUUGCCGCCCUUUAAAUUAAGUUAAUAAUCGGCGUAUCCAUUGCCCUCCUGUGGCACUUUUACUCGUGAUAUGUCUACAAGAGCGCUAGUUAGACCGACGAUAGUGUAAAUGUUCAGCAACAUGUGCAUUGUAAAUCUACCCAGCUUGCACGUCAGCGCGCCUCAUCCCGGCACCUUCUUUUCCUACCGCGUCUCCUUGUUCCCAUGACACUGACCAAAAAUGUCAACGCAGUUCCGCACUCGGUCAUCCACACAUUUUAAUAGGUUCAUAGUACUCCUCUUACUUUUCGUUCUUGGAUACGGCCAAGGUCCUCCCGAUCAGCCUCCCCCUACACCCUCCCCACCGCCGGCCCCGUUGCCUUUCCCUCAGCCCCCACCUACUCCGACCCCACCACCGACCUCCCCCCAGCCCCCACCUGCACCCUCCCCGCCACCCGCCCCACCGUCGCCCCUCCCUCAGCCCCCACCCACCCCCUCCUCCCGACCACCACCCGCACCGUCCUCUUCCUCCUCCACACAGCCUCCCCCACCCUCUCCCUUCCCACCUCGCUUCCCGCCUCGUCCGCCCUCCCCAACCGACACCAACUGCUCAUUCGCCUUCGCAUGGGACGCCGCGGACCUCUUCACUCGCAGCUACACCUCCAUCAACGACUCCCUCACACUCCUCCUGUCGUACAUCGGCAACAGCUCCUUAACCACCACAACCACCGCAACCACCUCGCCUCCUUCCUCAUGGUUUUGGACGGUCACCGCCUCCGUCACCGCCACCUUUGGCGCCCCCGACUCCACCUCCCUCCUCACUCGCACCGCUUGUGAUGUCGCCACCCAAGUCAUCACCGAACGCCUGCCCCCGCUCUCCUUCCUCUUCGGCCUCAACGACCUCUCAUGCGCCAAUAUCUCCGCACCGCCUCCUCCUCCCUCCCCACGACCCCCCAACCCGCCCGCCUCCCUCCCCUCCCCGCCUCCCCCGCCCCCGCCCCCGCCCCCCAGCUCUAACAGCCCUAGCUGCAGCUCCGAAUCACAGCAGCCUGUUGUACAAACCCUGUCGUACACCAUCGGUUCCCUCACGCUGCUUCCCUCGCUCUCGCCCGCCUCCUCCACGCCCACCCUGCCGCUUCACCUCGACGCGGUGGCGGGGCAGCUGCUGCCGCUGUGGCAGCACUUCGGGUACUGCGUGGUGCUACCCUGGUGGGCGACGGGGGCAGCAGCGGGGGGCAGCAGCAGCGGCAACACGGCGACUGUGAUGCUGACGGUGCCCAGCUGGGCUGCUGCCGCGGCCCUGACUGCCGCCGCCGCCUCCCGCGAGCCCGCCGCCAACCUCACCUCCAGCGGCUGCACGCUGCUGGCAGCACGGGCGCUGCAGGCGCUAGCUGCGGGGGCCAGCAGUGCCGCCGCCUCCUCUUCUUCGUCAUCCACGGCCUCUCAGCUGGCAGCGCUGUCAAAGCUGGUUUCGCCGGUACAGUCCGAGGUCACCCUCGCAGCCGCAGCACUUGUGUCCAAGCUCUCAGCCAGCCAGCAAUCCGGUACCACCUCCUCCACCACCUCACCCUCACCCUCCUCCUCUUCCGGCGGGGGUAUCAGCACGGCUCUGGUGGCGGGUUGUGUGAUGGGCGGCCUGGCGCUGCUGCUGCUGCUGGCGGCGGCGCUGGUGGUGUAUCGGCGGCAUCGGGUGGCCUCCCAGGUUGCAGCGAAGGCCCCUCCGCACUCUCCAGCAUCCCAACAGCCCAACGAGGAAAGCAACGACCAACGACCACAACCGCAGCACCAACCCGACGCACCGCAGUCCCCAUCUGGAGGGGAGGGCGACCCGCGGGUCAGUGAUGUGCUGGCGGCACCGCCGCCACCCAUGGAAGCCGCUAAACCCAGCACCGACAGCCAGGUCCUCCGGGUACCCACACCGCCUCCCAACAACCCCCCGCUGCAAGGCCACGACCAACACCCGCUCCAGCCCUUCCAUGCGGGCGACCCACAGAACCAGCAGGAUCUGCAGGAGCAGCUGCAAGGCGUCCGCCGACCCGCCUGGCCCGCACGGCCCUCCUUCUUCGGACCCUGGUUCGCACGCCAACCCGUAUUCCCCUUCGGCGGCAUGUUCCCGCCCCGCCCGCUCCCGAUGCCCCUGCCGCCGCCGCCGCUGCCCCAGCCCAUGCAACCCCAGCCCUCGCACCACCCGGUGAUGUCGUUCAACGCGGGGGCGCCCUCGCCGUACAGCCCGUACGGUGCUGGACUUCAAUCGUACGACAGCGCUGCGGCCCCCUGGAGCGACGGCAUGCCGCACCCCCACCAGCAGCUCCCACCCCCACAGCCCCCAGGCCCCGCUCCCGCCACCCUCGACCCCACCUCCUCCUUCCCGGAAUCUGCCGCCGCCGCCGGCGCAGCAGCAGCAGGGCCUGCGGAGCCCGCUGGUGGCGGUGGCGGUGAUGGAGGCGGAGGAGGGAAACAUCACAAGAAGCAUCCCCACCGUCAACUCAGCAAGGCACCGGGGGCUGAACAGGCGGCUGAACAGCAGCAGCCACAGCAGCAGCAACAGGCGGGGUCGGCAGCUGCAGCAACAGCGGCGGCCCCACCGCAGGAAGGCUGGGCUCAUGCGCUGUACGGAGAUUCCGGCAUGCCUCGAAGGAACUUCGGGGACGGCGCUUACGGGGGUGUGCCGUCUUGAGGGGGCCGCCGGCACUGUGGAGCGUUGCAAGGCGAGGAGUGUUGGUUCGACAUCUUGAAAACUGUUGUCGAGUGUUAACAGGACUGUUGGGGGUUGCACUUAACUCGCAAGGAGGGGACUGGCAACACUAGGAAUAAGAAGUCUGAGGGUUUUGCUUGAUAAUAGUGUUGAAUGCGUUGUGGACUGGCGUCGUACGUACGUGUGCGUGCUGGGUGCUGGAAGUGUGUUGCGGCCGCUGAUGGAGACAUGGAGGGAACCGGAGCGGCAUACUUGCUUGGCACCAGCUGACCAUCACUGUGACGAACUGACCAUGCGAGGUUGCUUGGGUUAUGGAAGGACAAAGGUUGCUUGGACUUGUGACAGUCAUGCACUGGUGAGUGCCUACAAGGUAGGGACGUUUGGAGGGCGUGGUAAACGCGCAGGAGUGGCGAAGGGGAUGACUAUGGAUCCUACAGGGUUUUGUUUUGUACAGGUAGCAAGCAAGGACGGGGCCCUACCUUCUACGGUGCGUGCCAAGGCGGGUACCGAGGGCAGUGGGGUCAAGGCAAAGGAAUGUACGAGCAUGUGAGGCAAAGGAGUUAGAAGCCAGCAACUGGACUGAGAAGCUGGCUGCAGCAACCGGGUGUGUUGCAGGGAGAGUCGGUGCUUGUGUGCAAGGCACAACUCUUCAGCCUGAUUAUACGGAAUGUUACAAUCAAUACCGUACGAGGUUGUUGACAAGAUGGCACGUUUACCGGAGACUGUCUGUGGUACUGAUAUAAAUAUCUUUUUAUGCCGCCGUUUGGACCGCUUUGGGACGUACUCGUAAAACUUGUCCUGGGUGCGCAGAAAGCGCGUACAUUGCGGCGGGGAGCGAUGCACAUUAAGGUGAUGCUACCGGUAUAGCGGCAGCUGGUUGUUGGUAAGGAGAGUAUACGACAUCUUAUAUACGGCAUAUGGCAAUUUGGAGUGAAUUGGUUUGAUACUGUGAGCCGGGAUGCAGGCUGUCUAACCAUGUUUGUGGUACUGUGAAGGCAGGUUAGGGGUCCCUCUACCUCUGAUCCUUGGCUCUUACUUCGUUGACUGGCACUGAUGCCGCACGAGCCAACAUUGCACCUGUAUUGUGGAACUUGCUGUGCACGCACUAUGAUACCUUGAGACGUGUGUUAAGUGUUUAGAAUGCAACACAGUGCACUACCAUGCAUCUGUGGAGUGGUGUCACACCCUUUGGGAGCAUGUGCUGCAGGAGGUGGUAGUUCUCAACUUCCUUUCACUGCACACCGGGUCGUCGAACCCGCGUGGCCGCGGCCUGAACUGCAGCUGCACCCUGCAGCUGCACCCUCCUCCUCCUCCUCCUCCUCCUCCUCCUUGCUUCACUU